CAACUGAGUUUGACACAUUUCGUAAACAAAUUAACCUCAAACAAAACGUUGUGUUUCAUUCAAAUGCUUUUUUAUUUGUUUUAUUAAAGUAAUAUUUCCUUAAGUUUUAAAAACUACAAUUUAGUUCGAUUUAAUAUUAGUAAUUAGAUAACUUGAAAUGGCCCGAAACGCGGAAAAGGCUAUGACCACCUUGGCCCGUUGGCGCGCCGCUCAACUCGGCGAAAUCGACAAGCAGAAGCGGCGACGCCCCCACUUGGCCUCCGAAUGCAAAAGUCUCUACGCGUGCGAGAAAUGGCGAAUGCAAAUAAUCCGAGAAAUCGCGAAAAAAGUCGCCCAGAUCCAGAACGCCGGUCUUGGCGAAUUCCGCAUCCGCGAUCUCAACGACGAAAUCAACAAACUCUUGCGCGAAAAGCGCCACUGGGAGGACCAGAUAAAGGAUUUGGGAGGUCCGGACUACCAGCGAACCGGGCCCCGGAUGUUGGAUCAUGAGGGAAAAGAGGUGCCUGGAAAUCGGGGCUACAAGUACUUCGGGGCGGCUAAAGAACUGCCAGGAGUCCGGGAAUUGUUUGAGCAAGAGCCACCGCCUCCGCCUCGGAAGACAAGGGCGGAGAUGAUGAAAGAUAUCGAUGCGGACUACUACGGGUAUAUGGACGACGAUGAUGGUAUACUCAUACCUUUGGAGAUGGUGGCUGAAAAAACAUCGAUUCAGAAGGCUAUUGCUGAAUGGAAAGAGAAAAAGGAGCGGCAAUUGGCACAAGAUGAAGAUGAAGAAAUGCCCGAAGAGGAGCACAUUUACGCCGUCGAGGAUUCUGAUGAUGAAGAUGUUGAGAAGAAGAAAGCUGAAGGGGAUCAGAAAUUCAUAGCUCACGUACCUGUGCCAAGUCAGCAGGAGGUGGAGCAGGCUUUAUUGAGGAGACGGAAACAGGAAUUGUUGGAAAAAUACGGCGUGCAGGAACAAAACCAAUCAUUAUGAUCUAAUUAAAUAAACACUUACCCUAUUUUAAUUA